UUUAUAUAUAUUUCUUUCCUUUAUAAUAUUAUAUCACUACUAUAAAAUUAAAAGUAAAAAUAAAAUUAAAAUAAUUAAAAUAAUGACUGGUAUAGGUAAUUUAAUUUCUAAAAGAGCAGCUGCUAGAACAACUUCUCAUUUUACUACUGGACCUACUGAUGGAGCUCCAGAAGGGUUUAAAGCUCAUCCAAAACCUUUACCUUUACAUUGGGGUAUGCCAAAUGAUGGAUUUUUCCCAAUUGAUUCAAUUGAUAUUAAUUUAGUUGAUUUCCCCUUUGAAAAAUCUUAUCAAUUAACUAAUAAUUCAUUAGAAAAUUUAUCAUUAUCUGGUUCAAAUCAAGGUGCUCAAACUGUUACACCACCUUUAGAACCAACUAAAUCAGUAAAGACUAUAAGAAUUGAAAGAAGAACUAGUGAUCCAGAUUUAAUUGAUAUUGCAACUGGUUUGCAAUAUGCAAAUGUUGAAGGUUUAGGUCCAUUAUUAAAAUUUACUAGAGAUUUUAUUACUAGAACUCAUAAACCAGGUUAUGAAAAUUGGGAAACUAUUAUUACUAAUGGUGCUGGUGAUGGAUUAAAUAAGGCAGCAGAUGCAUUAUUAGAUCCUGAAGAUGUUAUUUUAAUUGAAGAAUUUACUUUUACUCCAUUUUUACAAAAUGUUAGUAAUGCUGGAGGAAUUGCAGUUCCAGUUAAAUUAUCUAUUAAAAAUGGAAGUCAAGGUCUUGAUUUAGAAUAUUUAACUGAUUUAUUAGAAAAUUGGGAAACUAUUCAUCCUGGUAAAAAUAAACCAAAGGCUUUAUAUACUAUUGCUACUGGUCAAAAUCCUACUGGAUUAACUCAAACUGUUGAAUUUAGAAAGAAAGUUUAUGACUUAGCUGAAAAGUAUGAUUUUGCAAUUAUUGAAGAUGAUCCUUAUGGUUAUUUAGCUUUACCACCAUAUCAACCUCCAUCUGCUACUAUUAAAUUAGAUGAAUUUUUAACUGUUGAUGAAUAUUUAAAAGAUCAUUUAAUUCCAUCUUAUUUAGAAAUUGAUACUAAAGGUAGAGUUAUUAGAAUUGAAACUUUUUCUAAAUUAUUUGCUCCUGGUUUAAGAUUAGGAUUUAUUGUUGCUCAUAAGGAUGUUAUUGCUGCUGUUAGUAAUUAUUCAGCUAUUGUUACUAGAACUUCAAGUGGUACUUCGCAAUUAAUAGUUAAUAAUGUUAUUCAACAAAAAUUCGGUGGUGUUGAUGGAUGGUUACAAUGGAUUUUAAAAAUGAGAGCUACUUAUAGUCAUAGAAGAGAUGUUUUAUUAAAGACAAUAUUUGAUUCUGAAGCUUAUGCCAAGAAAUAUAUUGAUGUAAUUGAUCCAAAGGCAGGAAUGUUUGUAGCACUUAUUGUUAAUUUUCCCGAAGGUACAGAUUUCUUAACUAAAUUAAAACUUUUGGUUUGGAAAUUUGCUGCUUAUGGUGUAGGUGUAGUACCAGGUAUUAAUAUGGCAGUUGAUAAGAAAUUUAGUGCAGAACAUGCUAAUUUCUUUAGAUUAACUUAUGCUCCGGCUAAUUCCGAUGAAGAAUUAAUUGAAGGAGGUAAAAGAUUAACUGAUGCUAUUAAUGAUUUCUUUGAAAAGGGCUUAGAAUUCUAAUUAAAUGGUAAUUCUUAUAGUUAGUACUUAAUUGUAGUAGAUGUUACAAACUUUUAUAUAGAUAUUCAAUACUAAAGUUAUUGCACUUAUGAGUGUGGGUUAUAUAGUACGCGCAACUGAUGUAAAUCUAAAUCUAAAUCUAAA